AUGGCCCGUUAUUUGACCCCGGCAAAGGUGGCCCUUCUUUCCCUCAUCUCCAUAUACACGGAUGGUGUUGUGCCCAACUCUGCCGCCAUUGAUGUUCUCUCCUUCCUGGUCUCGUGCCUGAGCUCGCUGGAACCAGAGACUUCCAACUCCUCGCCUGCAAUAUGGGAGAGACAUUACGCCGUCUCUAUCACAGACCUCGAGGAAGCUUUAAGCCCUCAUCAAUCCUCCAUCCCAGGCCGCUCAGUAUGGGACUUGUUUCUGCGCAAGAUCUGGUCUAUUGACUCCUGCGAUCAGCUGGAAGUUUUCUUCUCGAACAUAUCGUACAUGCUGGUCAAAACUCGCGAAGAACAAAUUCGGGAUCGCGAUAAUGGCCUGGCUCCAGAGAUAGGCAACAUACGCCUUUCUCGAUGUUCGCCCUUGGGCGCCUUCGUCAGGCGAGCUCAGCUCGAAUUCACCAGACUGCAAUUCCAUGACUCAGUCAAGCUAUGGAGCGCAUUUGUCAAAUACCGACUGCCAACAUACCGUGCGUGGGCAAAGAAGAACCCAUCCGCCGAACACACUAUCGUGGACGCCAAUUUUUCGUGGUUCGGUACUGAUGCCAGUAGUGCGCUUGCUCAGGUAGCCUAUGGGAAUAUCGGGGACGAUCCUGAGGAGACCUACGUUAGCACCAAGGACGUGGAAAGGCUGUUGGAGUUUCAGAUUGGAGAAAUGCAGAGGCUGGGUGGAAGAGUCCCCGAUUGCAUGAAAACACGGCUGCAACAAAUCAUAACGUCCGGCGUGACACUGCCUAAUCUGGUACAUUAUCUCAGGUUUCUUGAUGCGUGGAGAGCCGGGGACUAUCCCUCAUCCUUCGACAACCUACAUCGCUAUUUCGACUAUACGAUGCAUAGUCGUGAUCGAAGCUCCUAUCAAUAUGCACUCCUCAACCUGGCAAUUCUCCAGGCAGAUUUUGGAUGCUAUGGAGAGGCCGUAUCAGCUAUGCAGGAGGCUGUUUCUAUCGCCCGUGAAUCCCACGACCUGAACUGUCUGAACUUUUGCAUGAGCUGGCUGUAUCAUUUCGGGAAAGCAUUUCCGGAACAUAUGAGAGAUGUAGAGAAUACAGGCAUGCUCGGUAACGAGAAAGAGGGCUUAGCUUUCCUCAAAGCAAAAGCGAAGGAAACAGAAAUGUGGAGCCUUCUGAGCACAACGUUGCUAAGUGAAGCGAAGCUUGAACUGCAGAAUGGCGAAAGUCUGGCUUCUUCGAUGGAGAAUGUUGUCCGGGCAUCUCACCUGAACAUCACCAAAAACCUUCUGAAUUCGAUGGGCCCUCAGCUACUAUUACAAACUGCACUCUAUUCUAGGAUAGUACCUUCCGGAGUUGUCAACUGGUACGAGAUCACGCACCCCCACAAAACCGCACCUAACAUUCCAAAGCUCGCCCAGCAAGGUCGCUACAAGGAGGUUUCAGCUCGGAUGAACGAGAUCCCACCAGAAAAGCUCAGGUCCUUGAAGGCCAACCAAUACUGGACCAUCUUUUCCGGCAUGUUGAAAUUGAAGCGACAGAUAUAUCAGGACGACAAAGUAGCAGCAGAUUACCUCUUCUCACAGCUUGAAUCGAUACGGCUACCGGACAAUGAGAUAUCCCUUCAUCUUUCCUUCCUUUCUGUGGAAUACAUGAUCCGACAGGGGAAUUACAGUCGCGCCCUUGAUGCCGUCGAGAAAACUGCCCAAUCCCUCCACCAUGACAAUUUCGACAUACACUCUCAAGUGAAACUCCUAUGCCUAAAAGCACGCAUCCUGGAGAGGACGGGCCAGCCGCAACGUGGCUUUUCGCUAGCUAUGAGGGCUGCUAGCAUUGCGCACCGCUCGAGACUCCUUCCUGGACUCUGGGAAGCUAUCUGCGACUUGUCCUCCGUGCUACUUAGCCUUCGGGAGUUUGAGGCCGUGGAGCAGUUGGUCGAAAGCAUCAUGCCUCAGGUAUUGGAGUCAAAUGAUUGCGAGUUGACAGCACGCUCGUACUCCUUGCUAGUGGACGCAAACAUGGGUAUUGCAGGCAAGCUUUCCGAUCAGAACCGAGGACAAAAUGCGUCAGCAAAGAAAGAGUACAUGAACCGAGCCCUGGAAUAUCUGGAUUGUGCGUAUGAUCAAUAUGAGGAAAUCGAGGAUAUCAAGGGCCAGUGCGAAAUGAUGGCAAAGAAAGCAACAGUCAUGCAUCUCACUGGUGACUUGGUUCUGGCAAAUGAUUAUGCGGCGAAGUAUUUGGAUCUGAAGAGGUUGGGUGGUUCAGAUGUAUAA